AUCUAUUUUCCCUUUCCCGUUUUGCGUUGCAACGAAAGUGUUUUUGCGAAUUUCUUUUUUUAUUUAAAUUCCAAAAGGCAAAAAUAAUUUUAAAAAAAAAACUAUAUCGUCACUCCCCGAAACCUCGUUUGAAUUCCGCCACGACGACAGCUAUACUAAGCUGUAGUUCGAUUAUCCCUAACGCGUUUCUCAUUUUUGCAUUCUUUCUUCUCAACUAGAAAAACCACUUCAUUUUACUUGCUCUGUGCAAAAAUCAUGGCUUUGAACUUGAAUCUGCUCUUUUUGAUCCUUUUUAGUACGGUACCCUCCGCGAUCUCGCAAACAAGCACCUCAGCCGACGAAGCACCCGCUCCGGCGGCCAGUGCGUGUAAUGGGAUAUUCUUAUCGUAUCAAUAUGAAGGAGGAACCCAACUCAAGCCCACCGUUCCCACUAACCAGCCGUACAGGUUUGAGUCCACGCUGAGUAUACAAAAUAACGGGGUUGAUGAGUUGAAAUCGUGGAAGGUCUUUGUGGGUUUUGCAAAUGAUGAGUUGUUAGUCUCUGCAUCUAAUGCUAUUCUUGCUGAUGGGACUAGCUUGCCUGCUAAAGUUGGGAAUGGUACUGUUUUUGCUGGGUAUCCCAUGACUGAUCUCAAGACGCCAAUUGAGACUGCGGGUGAUUCGACUCAGACUUCGGUUCAGGUAAAGUUGUUGGGAACGCAGUUUGGUGUGCCGUUGAAGGAUGUACCUUGGCCAUCCAAUAUCACUCUGGCUAAUGAUGGAUUUGUUUGUCCUCGGACUACCAAGGAAGGUAGUGUAAUGUAUCUUUGUUGUACCAAAGACGAGAAGUUCAAAACAAACAUCACAGUGGAGGAGGAGUUCCUGCCUCGCCGGAAUGGGGACCUCACGAUUAUGUAUGAUGUGAUCAGAACAUAUUCUUCUAAUUACUGGGCACAGGUUACUAUUGAGAAUCACAAUCCCCUUGGUCGUCUUGAUAACUGGAAAUUGAGCUGGGAUUGGAUGAAAGAUGAAUUUAUCUACACCAUGAAAGGGGCUUAUCCAUAUGUUGUCGAUUCAUCUGACUGCAUAUUUGGCCCACAAGGUACAUAUUAUAGCGAUCUGGAUUUUGCAAAUGUAUUAAACUGCGAAAGAAGGCCAACAAUCAUUGACCUGCCUCCAACAAAGUUCAACGAUACAAGCCUUGGGCUGAAACCCUAUUGUUGUCGAAAUGGUACUAUUUUGCCACCGUGGAUGGACCCAAGCAAGUCAACUUCAGCUUUCCAGAUGCAGGUUUUUAAAAUGCCUCCAGAUCUUAAUCGGUCUGAGCUCUCACCACCACAGAACUGGAAGAUCAAUGGCACACUUAACCCUGAUUAUCAAUGUGGUCCUCCAGUUAGAGUAAGCCCUAGCCAAUUUCCAGACACAAGUGGUUUACCAUCAAAUUCAACUGCAGUUGCUAGCUGGCAGGUAGUUUGCAAUAUCACUCAACCGAAGGGAGCAAGCCCCAGAUGCUGUGUAUCAUUCUCUGCUUACUACAAUGAUUCAGUCAUCCCAUGCAACACCUGUGCAUGUGGAUGCCCCAGUAACACAGCUAGGACUUGUAGUAGAACUGCUCCAGCUGUUCUUCUUCCACCAGAGGCACUCCUAAUACCUUUCGAUAAUCGAAGUGCUAUGGCUAGAGCUUGGUCUAGCCUUAAACAUCUAACAGUCCCAAACCCUAUGCCCUGUGGAGAUAAUUGUGGGGUUAGCAUCAACUGGCAUGUUUAUACAGAUUAUACUCGUGGAUGGAGUGCAAGGAUCACGAUAUUCAACUGGGAUGAAAUUUCAUUUGCGGAUUGGUUUGCUGCAGUACAGUUGGACAAUGCAGCUGCUGGUUUCGAAGCAAUGUACUCAUUAAAUGGAAGCAGUUUGGAGGGCGUCAACAAUACUAUAACAAUGCAAGGCCUUUCAGGGUUGAACUAUCUUGUGGCCGAAACUGAUGCAGCUGAUCCAACAAAAAAUCCUAGGGUGCCUGGAAAACAACAGUCUGUGAUUUCAUUUACUAAGAAAGGUAUACCUGCAGUCAAUGUGGCUGCUGGGGAUGGGUUUCCUACUAAAGUAUUCUUCAAUGGGGAGGAGUGCUCACUUCCUAAAAUAUUCCCAACAAGCAACAGCAAUAGAAAGGGAUCGGCUACAAUUUUUUCGGUCCUUUUAGCAGCUAUCCUAUUCAUGCUGAUGAAGCAGUAGCUGUGAAAGCAGAAAACUUGUAAUUCUUUUAAUUCUUUCAAGGGUCUGAUAUAUAAUUUCUCACUCAGGAAGUUUCGCAUACAAGAAAAUAUGCAUACUGAGAUUGCUAUGCAGCUUCGUGUUGCUAGCACCUAGCAGGUGUGCUGUUGUGCUCUGCACAUUCUGAACGGAUGAUGUAUAAUAACUGUAAUAUCAUUUUUUGUUUUCAAAGCGAAUGCACAAUUUGACAUGAUGUGUAGGCAUUGUUGGACAGUAAUAUUAAUAUUCAUUAUUCUCUUCUUUUUAA